AUGGGAGCUCCCGAGUUAGGAGAAAAACAACAAAAGCAGCAACUCGAUCGUGAGAUUCGAGACAUGAUGAAUGCACUCACACGUCGCCUUGCUCAUCUCCAUAAGAAACCCAAUGAGAGAGGAGGUGCAAGCAACAUUCAUGAUCAUGAUCAAGAGGAUGAGGAUGCCAAUGGUGGUUUUGGGAUCAUAACUAUGGCUGGAAGCAACGAGGGAGCCACUAUGAGAGGAGAGCUUGACUUGAUGAGUAUGGAGAAUCAUAAAUUAGGUACAACACAACAUAAUGAAGAGUCUCUCACUCCAUUGACAAGUUACCUUAAUGGCAACGUCCAAGGUAUCAACAAUUCUAUCAUGGUUGGUGGCAGUUACUCUGCCAAUGAUCCUGGUAUCCAUUUGGAUGUUGAUGAACAUUACAUGCAACAUAAGGGGGAGCUUGGUUCACAAAAGUAUGGAAAGAAAGGUAAGAAGAAGGCUUAUUCUGGAUCUUCUAAAAGUGAACAUUCUAACUAA